GCGCGGCAGGGCCGGAGCGAGACCGGGAGCGGUGACACAGCGGGGACGGAACCGGGGCGGAACCGGGACAGGAGCGGGGCAGAACCGGCACACAGCGGGGACUGACAGAGGCGUCACCGAGCAGCCGCAGCCAUGUCCAUCCUGGCGUACAACGGCGGGGCCGUGCUGGCCAUGCGGGGCCGGGGCUGCGUCGCCAUCGCCGCCGACCGGCGGUUCGGGAUCCAGGCGCAGACCGUGAGCACCGACUGCCAGCGGAUCUUCCCCAUGGGGCAGCGGCUGCUGCUCGGCCUGGCGGGGCUGGCCACGGACGUGCAGAGCGUGGCGCAGCGGCUGAAGUUUCGGCUGAACCUCUACGAGCUGAAGGAGGGGAGGCAGAUCAAGCCCCAGACCUUCAUGAGCAUGGUGUCCAACCUGCUCUACGAGAGGAGGUUCGGGCCGUACUACGCGGAGCCGGUGAUCGCGGGGCUGGACCCGGUCAGCCUGGAGCCGUUCAUCUGCUCGCUGGACCUGAUCGGCUGCCCCAUGGUCACCCAGGACUUCGUGCUCAGCGGCACCUGCUCCGAGCAGAUGUACGGCAUGUGCGAGUCCCUCUGGGAGCCCGACAUGGAGCCCGAGCACCUCUUUGAGACCAUCUCGCAGGCCAUGCUCAACGCCGUGGACAGGGACGCGAUCUCGGGCAUGGGCGUGGUGGUGCACGUCAUAGAGAAGGACAAGAUCACCACCAGGACGCUCAAGGCUCGCAUGGAUUAGCCCAGCCCGGCUCUGGGCCCGCUCGGGAUUUUUGUAAAAUAAAAUAAAAUAAAAUUUAAAAAAUG